AUGCUGAAGACAUCCCCCAUUCUCUCCCCCUCCAGCGCCUCCCCCUCCAGCUUCCGCAAUGCCUCGCGAUCCUCGCAGGACUCCGUCUCCUCCCACCCGUCCCAGCUGCCGUCCAUGAGCCCGAAGCCCUCGUAUGUGCGCCGCCUCUCCUCGCAGUCGACAACGACACCCUCUGCCACUGCCUCCUCGUCGGCCCUCUCGCCGGGCCGUUCUCGUCGCACCGCAGCCUCUCACAGCGAUAUCCGCACUCCCUCUCGCGCCUCGCUGUCCACGUCUUCGUCUCCCUCGGCGCCGCCCACGACAACGACGACCAAGAUGAUCGUGACCACAACGACCAAUAUGGGCAUCAACGACGAGACGCAGCAUCCUGGUCGGCACUCGCCCGCUCAGGCCCAGCUCUACAACGCUCUCUCGCCCAACAAGCGUCGACUCGCCGCUGCCUCAGCCACUCCAGAUGUUUCUUCAGCGCCCCCGGCGGUAGCCACAGGCUCGGCUGCCCCUCAGCCGGCCGCAUCACAGCCGGCCGCGGCCCAGCAGGCGGCCAAACGAGCCAAGCCCGAGGAACGACCUCCCAUUAUCUUGCCUCAGAAAUACGAGCACUGUCCGGUAGAGCACAUGGUCGAGCUCAUCGCGCACAUGCUGGGAGAGCUGAUUGCCACUAAUGAUGCAAUUCGCAUAUCGAGCGGUGGCCUGACGCGAUUUCACUCUAGAACGCCCCCUGGCAUAUCGGUCAGAGACUAUCUCCAUCGCCUGGCCCGACAUGCCACCCUCAUACCACCCCUUCUCCUGGCCAUGGUCUACUACAUCGACAGGCUCUGCGCCCUGUACCCAGAAUUCACCAUAAACACCCUCACCGUCCAUCGAUUCCUCAUCACCGCUGCCACCGUGGCCGCAAAGGGCCUUUCCGACUCCUUUUGGAACAACACCACCUAUGCACGGGUGGGUGGUGUGCGUGUGGCUGAGCUACGGCUUCUCGAGCUCGAGUUUCUCUACAGGGUCGAUUGGAGAAUCGUGCCAAACCCGGAGAUUCUGGUAGCUUACUACCAAGGUCUAGUGCAGAGAUGUCCUGGAUACGAGCUCGAGUCGGAUGGAUCGAGCGAGAACGACGACGAUGAGAUUGAUGACGACGACGAGGACGAAGAUGACGAGGAAAUUGUUGCGCGGCAGUAG